UGUGGAUAUCUUUAUCCCACUACAGCCUCUUCCAUCCUUUGAGGAUCCACGAUUUCCAGCAGGGAGCAACAAAGAUACAAGGAGUUGUAAUUCCAGUGUGACCCGUGCAGACAAGGUAGGUGACGACACAGAGGAUAAAGCUAAUUACAACAGAUUACUCUGGUAUCAUAGUGAGAAGCAGUCAAUGGCACGGAGGGAGGUUGUGGAAGUGUUCGCAGAUGCAGCACAUAUUUAAGGGAAGUACAAAAGACCCUUGAACUAAUACUAAGGAUCAGAAAUCCGAGGGGGGCCGCAGUCUCAAGGACCCACUGGGAGGAACAAUAGAGCAAGACCAGACGAAUGUCCAAGCGGAUGAUGUACUGAGUGAAGGGAAGGACAGUUCGGAGAAAGCUGAUGAAGACACAUUUCUGAGUCAUUUUCAGGCACUGGGUAUAAUUUUCGAAAUGAUACACUUGUGGAGAAGGUAGGACAUCAAGCUAAACAAAACUGCAACAUAACACUCUAGAAAAUCAACCAAAAUCAGUCGCAUACAAAGCCAACGAGUGAUGCUGUCUAGCAUAGUGACAGUUCCUUAAGGUAUAGUACUUCAAAUAUUUCCUUGGCAAGGAGUGUCAAAAGGCACCUGUGAGGUAAAAAUGUCUCAAAAUGCUUUUGGAAAAGUGACUGUACCUCAGUCAAAACAGGAACAUAAUGUGAAAGUAAGGGCAAAGCUAGGGGAUGAAUGCCAAAGGAUAGCUUCUGACAUCCUGAAAGGGGAGCAACUGCUCCAGCGUCUGCAACUGGUCCAACAACGCCAGGAGGCAGGGAUUGGAGACAUGGAGAAGAUUUUGGCUGAAGAGAAAGACUUGCCAGUACAAGUCGAUGAUCUGACAAGUGAAGAUGUGGAAGAAGAUACGCGAUUAGAAGCCAUCAAGUCUGACAGGACAGAGACAAGCCUGAUAGAGAGGAAAAAGAAUGACGGGAAUGGAGAUAAACCUGAACAGCUGGAAUGCCACAAUAUUACAAUACCAGAUGGAGGUUAUUUUGAUGAUAACCCAAGCGUGAGUUUGGUACGUCCAGAUUGGUCUGCCAACAAUUUCAACGAAACAAUUCCUAAGCCAUCUUCUUUUCUAUCAACCUGUCACCGCCUCUCUGUUACUGAGACCGCUAUGGAAAGGAAAGUCCACCAGGACGCCCAGGGAAAACAGAAUCUUCAGAGAGCUGGUGGAGUUCUAAACUUGGCCGAUGAUCCAGAUGUACUGGAAAUCCCCUUUAAUACCAACAUCCUCCUUGAGCCAUUUCCCUCCAAGGUAUGUCCAGGCCAAGAAGAUGAUUGGCAGCUCUCCCAGCAGAAAACGCCCAAGGAGAUGAGUCCCAAAAUUCAGCGAGAACUUGGGAUGACUGGAUUGGGAAAAAUAUUGAAAGUGAAAGGGGAGACAUAUCAAUUAAAGCAGACCAAACUGCUGUUUGAAGAUUUCCAACAGGAUAACACACUAGGUCCAGCCAGGAUGAGGAAACCACUUUCUUCAUCAAUGAAAGAUCCGGUUUAUCCCUCAGUGCUGGAGCGCACACGUAGCCUGGAGAUGUUUUCAGUAAAAAGCAGCCCCAUUUCCAGAGCUCACUCCUUCAGGAUUCAGAAUCCUGCAAUCUCCGAGAUAGAGAAACAUUCUGAAAACCUUUCAAAGAGUCCAACUGGAGGUUCUCGAGACAGGUCACGCUUAUCUCCAUAUGCCAAACAAGACAAAAAUGUGCACGUUCACAGGAGUUCUGAAUCUAUAAGUACUGAUGCGUCCACACCAGCGGUGGAAAGUAUGAGCACAGUAAGAAAGGACAAGACAAGAAAGGAAUCUGCCGCCAUCAAACAAAAUCCUUUCUUCAAGUUGCGUCCAGCACUGGCUCUCCAGGCAGAUGUCGAGAAGGACAUCAAAGAGGCAGAAGCCAGAGAGGAUGAACUGCGCAGACAAAGAAGCACUUUGUACGGCGAGGCGCGACAAAGCACAGGGGAGGGCAACAAGACGCUACUCGCAUCGGCCAACAUACCAGGCGGUAAGCAACUGUCUCGAGGUAAACUGGAACGCAUUUGGCCACCCCCAAGCAAGACAGAGCGGCUUAAAUCUGAACAAACUCAGGGGGCGCGCGUGCACAGAGCAGGAAGUCAGAAGUCUGGUCUCUGGCAACGCUGGGAGUCCGGUGGCCUCAACGGGCAGAUGGCUGGGAAAAAGAAUGGACCUUGACUUAUUUGACUUAAAAGCAGAUAUCAAAAUAUGACUUCCUGUCAAAUACUAGAAUGAGAGGAUGAAAAAUUAAUGUGUUGGAAAAACUUUUAUAGACAGUGGGUUCCGCAUUUUUUGCAAUUUACCAUUCCCAACACGGCAAAUGAUCAGAUUUGUGAUGAAAAACAUAAUUUAACUUGUUUUUCUUCUCCAAAACACGUCUCGUUCACCCUUAGGUCCUGAUCUACUAAGAUCCAAAACCAGUGAAGUUGGCACGUUGUGUAAAUGGUAAAUAAAAACAGAAUACAAUGAUUUGCAAAUCCUUUUCAACUUAUAUUCAAUUGAAUAGACUGCAAAGACAAGAUAUUUAACAUUCAAACUAAAAAACGUUGUUAUUUUUUGCAAAUAUUAGCUCAUUUGGUAUUCGAUGCCUGCAACAUGUUUCAAAAAAGCUGGCACAAGUGGCAAAAAAGACUGAGAAAGUUGAGGAAUGCUCAUCAAACACUUAUUUGGAACAUCCCACAGGUGAACAGACUAAUUGGGAACAGGUGGGUGCCAUGAUUGGGUAUAAAAGCAGCUUCCAUAAAAUGUUCAGUCAUUCACAAACAAGGAUGGGGCGAGGGUCACCACUUUGUGUACAAAUGCGUGAGCAAAUUGUCCAACAGUUUAAGAACAACAUUUCUCAACGAGCUAUUGCAAGGAAUUUAGGGUUUUCAUAAUCUAUGGUCUGUAAUAUCAUCAAAAGGUUCAGCGAAUCCGGAGAAAUCCCUGCACGUAGGCGAUGAUAUUACAGACCUUCGAUCCGUCAGGCGGUACUGCAUCAAAAACCGACAUCAGUGUGUAAAGGAUAUCACCACAUGGGCUCAGGAACACUUCAAAAAACCACUGUCAGUAACUACAGUUUGUCGCUACAUCUGUAAGUGCGAGUUAAAACUCUACAAUGCAAAGCCAAAGCCAUUUAUCAACAACACCCAGAAACGCCACCAGGUUUGCUAGGCCCAAGCUCAUCUAAGAUGGACUGAUGCAAAGUGGAAAAGUGUUCUGUGGUAAGUGCUGCUGCUCAGUUGGAACAUUAAAUAUCUUGUCUUUGCAGUCUAUUCAAUUGAAUAUAGGUUGAAAAGGAUUUGCAAAUCAUUGUAUUCUGUUUUUAUUUACAAAUUACACAAAGUGCCAACUUAACUGGUUUUGGGUUUUGUACUAAAAUCCGAAUACCACGUGCUAAACAGCGUGUGCAAUAUAUAAAUUUGCUUGUUGUGUGUGAUCUACUAAGACUGCGUGUGCAAUUGAAAAGUGGUGCAUAUCGCCUUAUUUAAAUGAGGUGUUUGCGUGUACUGCUGUCCGUGGCCAUGGAAACACUCAGUUUCCUCCACACUCAAAUCAUCAUGGCCUCCAGCCGGCUUUGCAAUGCCAAACUAGCCUCGCGCAUCUACAAUCGGGAACACUUUUCCUGGAAUGUGAUUUUGUUCAUUACGAAUACGCACACAAUUACAAAACGACGCACCACGCCUCUCCAGUUUGUCAUUGCAACAUGUCGGAAAAUAAAUGACAGAAUAUAGAAUUUCAAUAUUUUGAGCUAGCUGACUUGUGCUCUGCAACAAUGUGGUGGACCAUGACAACAGCAGCACACUCAUGUUUGUAAUGAUCCAAACACAAGAAAAUGCAUAUUGUAAGACAUUUAUAAUAAGAUAUUUCUAAAAUCAAACCAAAAAAAAAAACACCAGACACAAAAAAGCAUCAGUUGAAAUCAUUUUAAUCAGCCCCUUAAGUCAUCCAGCAGCUUUAAAAUUAUAAAAUGAUAUUGCUGAAUAGAGUGUCUUUGCAGCAUGAUUGCCUCUUUACUGUCAGUUUGCACAUACUUUUCAGAUGUACUAAAUCAGUGUUUCUUAACCAUUGCUGGGCCGCCAAAAAAUAUCUGUUCCUCAUCUGUGGUCUGUAUGAUCCGCAGCGGUACUCUGUUGUAGUACACUUUUCCACCACUUGUGGCAGUAAUGACAAUAUCAAACAAUCAGAAGAAGUCUGUAGCUAAAGUCAUAGAGAGGUUUUUAAGGGCAAAAAUUAUGAUUAAAUUAGGGAAGCUGUAUUUUCAUUUGCACUUUAAUUUUAUUGACAGUUUAUUUAAGAAACCUAUUUAUUAUUGUCAGUUAUGCAUUAGUCUCUUUUUAGCAUUAUAUUUGCCUAAUACUUAUUCUUAUAAUCAGCCUGACCUAAUCCUAAGGUUUAUGUGUUUAAUAAAUAAUAAUCUUUGUGAUUAACACAUGCUUUCAUAUCAUUCGACAAGCUUGUAAACUGUAAGUAGGUUAGAUAUAAUUAUUGAACACGAUUAAAAUCAAGAGUAAGAGGACUAAUUUAGUGUUAGUAUUUCAGUGCGCCCCAGGCCCCUCUGUAGUGGAAAAGUUGGGCCCCGAGAUCAAAAAGGUUAAAAACACAAAAUAGUGCCCGCAAAACAGUUUCAGCCUUGAUGAAUCACAAAUAUUGUGGGCGCCCUGUGUGUGUUGCUAGGGCAGCAUUUUUUUCCUACGGUAAACAUGAAAGCCAAAAAAUUAUAAAUAAUGACAUAAAAUGAAAAUAAUAUUUGUUAAAUUAUUAUUAUGAUUAUUAUUUUUUAUUAUUAUUAUACAAUGAAAAUAAUAUUUGUCAAUUAAAUACAAACUUUUUGUUAAGUAAACAUUAGGGAAUGUAAUCAAUAAAUAAAUGUUCUGUUCAUAUACAGGGAAUAAACCUGAUAUGAGGCUGCCGCUAUAGGUUUUCGUGUGCAAGCCAACUUACAGUUUAGUGCACUACACCUAGUCCUGAGUACACUGGACGAUGACGCGGUGGAAAGUCAGCAUUUAGCAGAUUGGCGGCUAUUUCUGUUUGUCAUAUUGUCGUCUAUAUAAUGUUUGCAGAAACAUUUUUAACACCGUGACUUUCUAUAAUGUGGAAUCUACAGACUCUGUGAUGUAUUUAAUGUAAAUACAGAAAAAAACAUACUCAGAGGUGUUGUAUUCUCCACCAAGAAGGGUGGAGCUAGCAGGUGCAUGUCGCUACCGUCUCUUGUCAGAGAAGAAGCCACUGGGCUGUUUCUUUUUGCCACAAUUCAGGUGCAAGAAAGAUAUUUUAUUGCUCUGCUGAAUCAAUUAAUGCAAUUGGCUAUCAAUAUGGAGGAUUAUUUAUCCAAGCUCAAACACGUGUAAACAUUUUUCCAGAGGAAGGAUUCUUCACAUAAGUACUUACUUGAAGUACAUAAAUGGGACUAUAAGUAUUAUAUAACAACAUUAUUAUGAAAUGAUUCCCUUAUUUUUUUGUGAGCAUAUGAGUUGAGCAUAUUUAAAGUAAAAAAUAAAAUAAAAAAAUACCUCCAAAGGCAUCAGCGCCAUAGACAUCUUAUAAGUAGACGCAGCAUUGGCUGCUGUAACGCGAGAAAUUCGGCCGCCAUCUUGAAGUGGUGAUGAGGGGCUGGCGAGCAGCCGCCCUAAACUGACAGUUGACAGGUAGAAAACAAAGAUGCCGGGCUGGUGUUCAGCGUUUUCCUGCUCAAAUGAGCGGACUGUUGAAAAUAGGAAUCGGGGGAUUACUUUUCACAAGUAAGAUUUAACAUUAACGUACUAUUGGUUGUAUUUUGUGAAAAGAAUAUUACCACAGAGUUGAGAAGGAACAAAGAUCUUUAAUCUUCAUUACUAUUAAUUAAUAGUAAUGAAAUCGUAGCCGCUAGCAAACAAGAGUAUGACCAUAAUAGAAUUGCUUGUCAAUUAAAUUAAUUACAUUUAAAAAUGGCAUACUUGAAUAACAUAAAGUUGAAAUAAAUGAUGAAGAUAAAUAUUGUAAAAGCCAAUAGGGGUAAACAUUAGGACCACAGUCCAGAUUGUGUAGGAGGGGGUAAUAUAUGGACAGUGGCUAUACAGUAUUAUACAAGUCUAAAUCUAGUCUAGCUUGUAUAUGUUUAUGUUUAAGUAUUUGGCAGACGCUUUUAUCCAAAGCGACAUACAUAAAAAAUACAUAUAAAACAGUCACUGUAAACAUUAUUAUUUAAGGGAAGAAUGUCAUACACAAUAUUAAUACAAAGUGUCAAGACAGAAUAAACUCUCUGCUGCUGCAGCAACAGAGAUCUAUAGGGCCCUAAAAUAUAUAGAUAUAUAAUGUAUUCAUACAUUGUUUAUGUAGGAUAUAUGCAUGUAUAUAACCUAAUCAUAUUUUUUCUUGAACUUAAAAAUAGCUGACCGUUUUUUUCCCCCUUCUCUGGGAUUAUAUUCCUAGUUUUGAUCUCGGACGUCUGGUCACUUAUAGCAUAUAAAAAUAUUGUAUUACUGUUAAGCAAACUAUGAAUAAUAAAACAUGUGUCCUUUAUCAUAGCUACACUUAUGACAAAAAAACGCGUGAAAAUCAGUGGUUAUCAGCAAGAUAAUAUGAAUUAAAUGCGCUGACAGUUCAUUGCUCCUGCCAAAUGAAUUGCACUGAGUGGAACGGAUCACCACUCCAAGAUGGCGGCCCUGCGUCUCGUCAGCGCCAGUAGAAAGUCGUGCUCGAUAUACGUCACUUCCGGGACUUGCAUAUAUGACGGAGCUGUCCUUGAGACAUCAGUUAAUGUUUCAUUAAUGUUUUGUAUUU